UCGCAGACACACCGGAAGGAGUAACAUCAAAAACAGUCCCCCGGUGUGACCGUUGUUGUUUUGUGCUGCCUUCCGCCUGUCUUACCUGAAUGUUUUCAUUCAGGAUGGCUUCUUUGAGAUUCCUGUUGACUUAUUCCAGCAAGCUCCUUCCAGCAUUUAGAAAACAAUGUCCUGCCAUUAACUUCAAGAGGACAAUCUUCCUACCUCGAUACCCUAAAAGUUCAAACGGCAGGUUUGUUAACUUCCAGCGACUGCACAGCGACUCUGCGGCAGCCAGCACAGGGAAAAGAGAAGACUCGUUCCUCAAAUGGUUCCUGCUGCUCAUCCCUGUCACCACCUUUGGCCUCGGGACAUGGCAGGUGAAAAGGCGUCAGUGGAAGAUUGGAUUAAUUAAUGAGCUGCAGCGAUUGAUCACAGCAGAGCCCGUUCCUCUUCCUCUUGAUCCACUUGAGGUGAACCAGCUGGAGUACAGGAGGGUGAAAGUACGUGGAUGCUACAACCACUCCAAGGAGCUGUACCUCAUGCCUCGCUCACUUGUCAACCCGGAGAAAGAAGCCAGAGAGGGGGGAAUUUUUUCCUCGAGGCCAGAGGUCGGCGCGAACGUCAUCACCCCGUUCCACUGCUCUGAUCUCGGCAUCACCAUCCUGGUGAACAGAGGGUACGUCCCAAAGACGAAAAUAAGACCAGAGACCAGGAUGAAGGGCCAGGUGGAAGAUGAGGUGGAUGUGGUUGGAGUCGUCCGGCUGACAGAGGCACGUAAAUCAUUUGUACCAAACAACGACAUAGAGAAGAAUCGGUGGUUUUACCGUGACCUGGAGGCUAUGAGCGACGUCACCGGAGCUGCACCCAUCUUGAUUGAUGCAGACUACAGCAGCACAAUUCCUGGCGGACCAGUUGGUGGACAGACCAGAGUUACACUGAGGAAUGAACAUUUGCAGUAUAUAAUAACAUGGUAUGGCUUGUGUGCAGCUACGUCCUACUUGUGGUACGCCAAGUUCAUCAAGAAAAUUAAACUGUGAAGCAGUUUCAACAAAUGUCUCGUAAGUCAGUGUGUUAGUUUUCCUAAGAAAUAAAUCUAUAUAAAAGAGUAAA